UGCAGUACCACCCCAGUGACAACUUUUGCAAAAAAAAUUUCUGAGAGUGCUCAAAUAAACACUUAGUACUCAAAAGGGGCAAAUGACACAACACAGAGAGAUUGGAGCUGGCAUGCAGGGUUAUUUCUGUAGAUUACAUAAAUGAGUAAUCACCUUUUUGUUAUGAUCUGGACUUUGUGUUCUUUUAUUUUCUAAGUAUAGACAUUUAUGUAAAAAACCAUCUAGAACAAAUAGUUGCUUAAUUAGUCACUCUUACAUUUAAUAAUUUCGUAGUGUGGUAUUAAAAUAAGCCUUACCAUUGUUCUUUGAUCAAUUCUACAACUGCAUAUCAAAACAAAAAUGUAUCAAUAGAUACAUGUUACUUUAUUAGUCCAAGGCUGACUUUCACAUGAUUAAAAAGACAUAAAAAUUCAUAGCAGACUAAUAACCUUUCAUUUUGUAAUGUAAUGAGCUGUGUCACACUGAUCUUGGAAAAGUCUUUGAUAUGCCUUGGAAAUAUAUUUUUAAUCAUAUUUCUAGUCAUUUGACGAAAAAAAACCCCCAGGAAUCUUCAUAGAAAGUAAGAAAUCAUAAAUGUGCAGAUGUCUUGAUAUUGUGCUACUAUAAGUAUUAUUAUUAUAAUAAUAACAACAACAACAACAACAGUAAUAAUAAAAAUAAAUAUGUAGAUUAAAAAGCAACAACGUAGCAGUUUCUAAACCUUGAAAGAAUUUGACAUUUCCAACUCAGCUUAUGUGUGAGCACGUGAGAUCAUAUGCUCAGAUGUGACACGCGCCGCUGUGUCUUUACAUUCAGAGUAGCGAAUCACAAAUCGGUUACUGGCGUUUGCUUGACAUUUACGCAUUAUUCAAUUUCACCCGUUAAAAUGGGUGUGACCUAUGUACGUGAGGGCACGGUCACACGAAAUAUUUUAACAUGCUCGUCGACGUGCUCAAUUGGACACAGUGAUAGUGGAGAGCACCUAUAAAUGCCACGCAGGAGUGGGACAGUGAGUCAACUGAAUCUGAGCGGAAAACUCCGAGAGCUUAUCAAGAAAUUAAAGUAGCUAGAUUCAAUGGAAUACCAAAAGGCGGCAGAAUUGAACGGCUUAUGCAAUGGCAAAAUUGUCACGGAGUAUCUCUGCCGCAAAGGAUUCGGCGAACUGUCAGACACCAAAAAAGUCGCUGUCCAGCACAAAAACGAGACGUCCCGGAAAAAGGAGGAGGAUGAGUCCCAGUUACCGGCUCUGGAAGCGGCAUACACAACUAUACUGCAAGGUCUGGGAGAAAAUACUGACCGGCAGGGUCUCCUUAAAACACCACUGCGGGCAGCCAAAGCCAUGCAGUUCCUCACCAAAGGAUACCACGAAACUAUCUAUGAUGUCCUUAAUGAUGCAAUCUUUGAUGAGGACCAUGAAGAGAUGGUCAUUGUGAAAGAAAUCGAUAUGUUUUCUCUUUGUGAACAUCACCUAGUACCAUUUUUUGGCAAGGUUCACAUAGGAUAUCUUCCAAGUAAAAAGGUUGUUGGCCUCAGUAAGCUUGCAAGAAUUGUUGAAAUCUACAGUCGCAGACUUCAAGUACAAGAACGACUAACCAAGCAAAUAGCAAUGGCAAUUUCUGAAGCCCUGCAGCCGGCAGGUGUGGCCGUUGUCAUCGAGGCGGCUCACAUGUGUAUGGUCAUGCGUGGAGUGCAGAAGAUGAACAGCCGUACCGUGACCAGUGCCAUGCUGGGCGUGUUCAGAGAGGACCCAAAGGCGCGAGAGGAGUUCCUGGCCCUGACCAAAAAUGCUUAGCAAUUCACACAUUGCUGCUCCAACUCCACCGAGGUGCUUAUAAGCAGACAGGUCAAUGGUUAUUCUGGAACCCUCCAUGGUGCUUAGAGAAUCUAACUGAGAGAGAACUGUAGAUCUUUCCUGAUCUUUGUCUGCAGGUGAAACUCAGGGGUCCUCACUGUCUGCGUGUAUUAAAAGUUUAAUAUGUAAAAUGUGAAUCUUAUAAGGAUCAGUGACACUACACUGUUUAAUUCCCUGGCAUAUUGUAAAACACUUAAAGGAACACGCCCACAUUUUGGGAAUUAAGCUUAUUCACCGUAUCCCCAAGAGUUAGAUAAGUCCAUGCGUACCUUUCUCAUCUCUGUGUGUGCUGUAACUCUG